UUCCGGUUCGAUUCAGGUUAUUUUGUUUUGCAACUUGUGUUGUCUCCAGCUCAUAUCUAUUGAACUCUCCGUUUCUCGGGUCCACGCUAGUUGUUUAUUUGUCAAUGUGUGUGCGCGCGCCAAUGAGUUAAGGUCAUUCCCAGCUUGUCUGAUACCUUUAACUGCCACCUCGCGGAGGCCGGAUUCUAGUUGCUUUGCAUUUUAACAGAAGCUAACGGUAGCGUUAGCGAAGCAGCUGCAGGGAUGGCGGAGGUUCCCGGGACAUCUAGUGAAACGAUAACGGAGACGGUUCAGACAAGCACACCGCCGCCGCCACAGCAGGAGGGACGGAGUUUGACGAUCAAGCUAAGGAAGAGGAAGACUGAGAAAAAGGUGGAGUGGUCCAGUGACACAGUUGAUAAUGAGCACCUGGGAAGACGAUCAUCUAAAUGUUGCUGUAUCUAUGAAAAGCCCAGACAGUUUGGAGAAUCUUCCUCUGAAAGUGAAGGAGAUGAUGAGGUUGAAGGGUGUGGAAGCACUAACUGCAUCCUGGGCCACGGCAGGAAAGGACAUGGACAGAGGCCUGAUGGUGGGACCAGUACACCUCCAAACUCUGGGGGGACGCACAGCCAUUAAUGUGCCACACAGAGCGUGUUUAGGGGGGAUUACAUAUUACAAACUGCACUGUUUUAGUUUAGUUUCCUCAGAGCACUACUGACAGGCCUGAAGUCAGAAAGUUCCAGCUGCUGGAGCACAGCUUUGACCUCUGUACUGCUGCUCUGCCUAAAACCACACAGCAUCUUGAUUGGAGAGUUUAUUAUAAAAUCUUAAAUGCUUUUUCCCCCUCAGCGGAUUUGUAGUUUGAAAUAGGUAGCUCAUUUUAAACCACAAAGUUAUUAAAUGAUAGAUGAUUGGUGAUUCUGUAUGCUUUCAUGCUCUAAGGCGAUACAGAGAUUUGCUCAGUUUAAACCAAUCUCAGAAGGAACAAAAAGCGCACUCAAUAAGCCUUUCAUGGCUGCUACAUUUUCAUUGCAUGAAUAUGCUGGUAGAUGGUUUAUUUUUGCUUUCCAUUUUUCCUCUUUGCUAGAUUCUGAAUCCAUUAAAUUUGAAUAUACAUCUGUUUCAAAUGUUUUCAAUUGUAUGGACUUGAAUUGAAUGAUGACUUGUUCUGUCAAACUUGUGUUGGAAAACGGAGAAUGUUCAGUCACUGUUCAGCACAUUAGUUCACACAGUAAUUUAUUUUUAACUGUGAUACUGCAAAUCUCAGAAGUCAUUUUCAGGCUUUAGAAGACUGCUAAUUAAACUGUUCCGAAACCAUAGUUGUGUGCAAAACUUUUCUGUUUGUAUUUUUACACGUUUUAGCUACUGCAGAGGUAUUAUAUUCCUACCAUUGCAGAGCUGAAACUCCCUCUUGUCAUUCCAGCAAAAUAUUGAGUCAUGCUGCAAUUCUCCAGCAGCUCAUUGGACUUUCUGACUGUAAGGUGUCUUUGAAACAAAGCAUGAUGGGAGAUAGGGCUUCAGGUAAUUGUCCAUUACUUACUACUGAUGGCUCUUAAUUGGUUGUAUUUAUUUUUACUUGCUGGUCUCAGUUUAUGCUGGUUUUUGACAUGCAGUCAAUUAACAUUUGAUGUUGAUUUGCUUUACAAUGUUUACACAAGUAUGGGAGAGUUAAAACAAUCAGACCUUUAAUAUUGUGAUCAGUAUUUACCGUUGCUGCCACCGAAACUAAUGACUGCUGCUGUGGGACCACAGAACACAAAAGCAUAUUAAACAGAAUUAAAAUUCAGAUUCAAAUAAUUGUGUUUGAGUUUAAAUUUAAUAUUUACCUUCUACGAGGCAUGUAGUUCUUUUAUAUCUGCUGUUUUUCUUCUGUUCUUUUUCCUUGACAAUUAUGCAAGCAUAAAAAAAAUGUACAUUCUGCUCCUUAGACGGAAGUCUAACCUAAUAACUUGAAACAAUUAAAAAACAACAGCAAGGUCUGACGGUAGAGAGCUAUUACUAAAUCAGUAUGGUGUAUACUUUAAAAUUCUGAGGGGAACUCAUUGUGUCCAAUGAACAGUUUAACCGAGGUUUUAUUAAAUCUUUUUGAAGGACUUUUUAAAUGUUGCUUUAGAUGUUCAUUAGUAACGUAAAAGAUGAGUGAGUAGGAUAUGUCGGUCCUGUUAAUGCACUUUCUUCUAGAAAGAUGGCGGACUCCCAUCAGCCACUUGGCAGUAGAUAAAUACUGUUCACCUGUAUAAACCGAUGCUAACGGGUGACUGUGGUUGUAGUGCAGUGUUUGCAUUGUUACUGAGUUAUAUUGCUGUGACUUGGAGGAGCAAAGACUUUAGUUGAAAGUCCGCACAGACCAAAGUGAACAAAUUGAACUCGAUCACAGAUAAUGUUACAUUCAGAUCAGAAGCAAAGGUCUAUGAUUGCUACUUUGUUUCUCUGCUGUGAGUAGACUGCUAUUAUCAUUUUCAUCUUUGCACAGGUACGUGAUGCUAUGUAUGUUAGUUUAUCUAUACCACCUUCUGUACCAUUUCUACAUGUUGGCUUUAGUACAUAUGCAUUGUUGUACAACUUUCCUGUAUAUACCAUUAACAUAAUAAAGCAGAUAUAAUA